CGGCCUCUCCCUCCCUGGAGCCCACCUCUGGCCUCUGCUCUCCCCUGGCGGUAUCCCCCCUGCCCUCCCCUCCUCGCUCCCCUGUUCUCCCCAUCCCCGCCUGACUCCUCGGUGCCCCCUGCCUUUUCUGCUUGCUCUGGGCUCCCUUCCCGCCAGCUGAGCUGGGUCAGCCGUAUCUAAGGAGGACAAUGGGGUGCGGGGGAAAGAAGGGGACUGUGACCCCUCACGAGCAGUACCCAAGCCCAAGACCUAAAAAGGGGUCUAAGACUAGGAUGAGAAGAAAAAUGAAGAGGAAAAAAAAGAAGGCUGAAUUGGAAGAGCUGAAGAAGGAAGUGGUCCUGGAGGACCACAAGUUAACCUUGGAAGAGCUGAGCGCCAAGUACUCUGUGGACUUGACGAUGGGCCUUAGCCCAGGAAAGGCGCAGCAGAUCUUGAAACGAGAUGGACCCAAUGCACUUACCCCUCCCCCAACCACUUCAGAAUGGGUCAAAUUCUGUAAACAGCUGUUCGGUGGCUUCUCCAUCCUUCUAUGGAUUGGGGCCAUUCUCUGCUUCGUGGCCUACGGCAUCCAGAUACAUUUCAAUGAGGAGCCCACCAAGGACAACCUGUACCUGGGCAGCAUCCUGGCUGUCGUGGUCAUCAUCACGGGGUGCUUCUCCUACUACCAGGAGGCCAAGAGCUCCAAGAUCAUGGAGUCCUUCAGAAAAAUGGUGCCGCAGCAAGCUCUGGUGAUUCGAGGUGGAGAGAAGAUGCAGAUCGAUGUGGAGGACGUGGUGGUAGGAGAUCUGGUAGAAGUCAAGGGUGGAGACCAAAUCCCAGCGGACAUCCGGCUCAUCUAUUCCCAAGGGUGUAAGGUGGACAACUCAUCCUUGACGGGAGAGUCCGAGCCCCAGACCCGCUCCCCCGAGUUCACCCACGAGAACCCUCUAGAGACCCGCAACAUCUGCUUCUUCUCCACCAACUGUGUGGAAGGAACGGCUCGGGGCAUUGUGAUCGCGACGGGAGACUCCACGGUGAUGGGCCGCAUCGCCUCUCUGACGUCAGGCCUGGUGGUCGGCAAGACCCCCAUCGCCAUGGAGAUCGAACAUUUCAUCCAUCUGAUCACAGGGGUGGCCGUCUUCCUUGGUGUCACUUUCUUCGGGCUCUCAAUUAUCUUGGGCUAUGGCUGGCUGGAGGCUGUCAUCUUUCUCAUUGGCAUCAUUGUGGCCAAUGUGCCCGAGGGGCUGCUGGCCACCGUCACGGUGUGUCUGACCCUGACAGCCAAGCGCAUGGCGCAUAAGAACUGCCUGGUGAAGAACCUGGAGGCCGUGGAGACGCUCGGCUCCACAUCCACCAUCUGCUCCGACAAGACGGGCACCCUCACCCAGAACCGCAUGACCGUCGCCCACCUGUGGUUCGACAAGACCAUAUACAAGGCCGACACCAGGGAGGACCAGACCGGGAAAACAUUCACCAAGAGCUCUGUGACCUGGUUCAUCCUGGCCCGGAUCGCCGGCCUCUGCAACCGAGCCGACUUUAAGGCUCACCAGGAGAACCUUCCCAUUGCUAAGGUAUCAGGCCUGUGGGGGCAGCCGAUGCCGUGGGGGCAGCCGACGCCUCGGGGUCCGGGUGUGCCCCGCCCUCUCCCCCAGAAAUCUCUAUCCUGGCGCUCAGGUAUUGUCCCCAGGUCCUCCCCAUCGCACCCCUCACCCUGUGCGGUACUCCUCGCGCUCACCGUGCAAACCCCGUCCUGGCAGUGGGAGACGACAGGGGACGCCUCCGAGUCAGCCCUCCUCAAGUUCAUCGAGCAGUCGUACAGCUCUGUGAAGGAGAUGAGAGAGAAAAACCCCAAAGUGGCCGAGAUCCCCUUUAAUUCCACCAACAAGUACCAGGUGUCCAUCCACCUGCAGGACGACAGCAUCCAGCCCCACGUGCUGAUGAUGAAGGGGGCCCCGGAGAGGAUCUUAGAGUUUUGCUCUUCUUACCUUCGGAAGGGGGUGGAGUACCCCAUGGACGACGAGAUGAGGAGAGACUUCCAGAACACCUACCUGGAACUAGGAGGCCUGGGGGAACGUGUGCUGGGGUUCUGCUUCUUGACUCUGCCUAGCACCUUCUCCAAGGGAUUCAAGUUUAAUACAGAUGAAAUCAAUUUUCCCAUGGAUAACCUUUGUUUUGUGGGGCUCAUAUCCAUGAUUGACCCUCCCCGCGCUGCAGUGCCUGACGCUGUGGGCAAGUGUCGUAGUGCAGGGAUUAAGGUGAUCAUGGUGACCGGAGACCACCCCAUCACAGCCAAGGCCAUUGCCAAAGGUGUGGGCAUCAUAUCAGAAGGCAACGAGACCGUGGAGGACAUGGCGGCCCGGCUCCAGGUCCCUGUCAGCCAGAUCAACUCCAGGGAAGCCAAGGCCAUCGUGGUGCACGGCUCCGAACUGAAGGACAUGACGUCGCAGCAGCUGGACCAGGUCCUCAAGGACCACACGGAGAUCGUGUUCGCGCGGACAUCGCCGCAGCAGAAGCUCAUCAUCGUGGAGGGCUGCCAGCGGCAGGGGGCCAUCGUGGCAGUGACCGGGGACGGCGUGAACGACUCCCCCGCGCUGAAGAAGGCGGACAUCGGCAUCGCCAUGGGCAUCACGGGCUCCGACGUGUCCAAGCAGGCCGCCGACAUGAUCCUGCUGGACGACAACUUUGCCUCCAUCGUCACCGGCGUGGAGGAGGGCCGCCUCAUCUUCGACAACCUGAAGAAGUCCAUCGCCUACACCCUGACCAGCAACAUCCCCGAGAUCACGCCCUUCCUGCUCUUCAUCAUCCUCAGCAUCCCCCUGCCGCUGGGCACCGUGACCAUCCUCUGCAUCGACCUGGGCACCGACAUGGUCCCGGCCAUCUCCUUGGCUUACGAGUCCCCCGAAAGUGACAUCAUGAAGAGGACGCCCCGGAAUCCGAAGACUGACAACCUGGUGAACAAUCGCCUCAUCGGCAUGGCCUACGGGCAGAUUGGGAUGAUCCAGGCUCUGGCUGGGUUCUUUACCUACUUCGUGAUCCUGGCCGAGAACGGCUUCAAGCCCCUUGACCUGCUGGGUAUCCGCCUGAACUGGGAGGACCGGUUUUCCAAUGACCUAGAGGACAGCUACGGACAGCAGUGGACCUACGAGCAGCGGAAGGUGCUGGAGUUCACAUGCCACACGGCCUUCUUUGCCAGCAUCGUGGUCGUGCAGUGGGCCGACCUCGUCAUUUGCAAGACCCGGCGCAACUCAGUCUUCCAACAGGGCAUGAAAAACAAGAUCCUAAUAUUCGGGAUCCUGGAGGAGACCUUCCUGGCUGCUUUUCUGUCCUACACACCAGGCACGGACACAGCCCUGAGGAUGUACCCACUCAAGCUACCCUGGUGGCUCUGUGCCACUCCCUACAGCCUUCUCAUCUUUAUCUAUGAUGAAAUUAGAAAACUCACCAUCCGAAGUCAUCCUGGCGGGUGGCUGGAGAGAGAGACCUACUACUGAACUCAGCAGAAGAAGAAUUUCCCGUGCGGGGGCCGUCCCAGGGCUGGCGGGGGAGCUGGGGUUAUGAAUUGGGUGCAUCUGAGA